AUGAGUUCUCCUGAAUCUGAUGAUCAUGACUUUCAAUGCGUGAAUGAAAUGAAUUUGAGGCCUUCGGAAGGUGACUCUUCUCAGAAUAGUGUCUCUCAGUAUUUCCGUUCUGGGAGCUCUGGAACUCAAAAUGUCUUACUGAGAACACAAUCAGCGUCAGGAGUUAUUCCCCAUAAACGUUCUCAAUACAAUAUUGCGAACGAAACAUCAUCGUCACAGAGUUUUAAACAGCACCUGAAGAAACUGCACUUAGCUGUUAAUAAGAUUUUGGAAAGCGACCGGCUUACCAAACACAGAAGUCCAUCUAAAAAGAAUCUCAAAAGCAAUCAGGAAGCUUAUGAUGAGAUGUUAGAUGCCAUUCGAGAGCUUGGACCAUUCGUUGUUCAGCGCCAAAAAGCACCAGCAUCCUGUGGUAAUCACUCAAAAAACCUAGAUCACACGCGAUUCCGCUGUGGCCGGAGAGUACGCUCAAAGAGUACAACUUUUGACGACUCAGUCAGUGUAGAAACGAAUUCACCUAACAAGCUGAAGCAUUUACAAAAGUCGACUAAACGUACCACUUCACUAACAAAACGAUCGAAAUCUCUAAUUAGUCAUCCAGCUACCAUUCAUCAAGCAUCUGAUGUCAAAGUUUGCUAUUCUUCAAAACAUACGGAUAACAUUGAGGGUGUCGAUGUUUUCUGCCGCGGAAAAGCAACAUUUAGGUUUCCUGUUAAGAAAAAUAUUGCCAUCACUUCAGACUCAUCGGCUGGGAAUGCUGAGUCCUCACAGCACCAACCGGAUCCGGAAAUUACGUGUUUAGAAGCUGAACUGUCACAUCGUGAUACACUUAUCAAGUAUUUAUCUGAACAAUUAUCUAAAUUAUAUCAAGACAAUGAUAGAAUAUUUGCUGAAUAUGAACAACAAGAAGCUAAUUUAACGAAUCAUCUACGCCUACUGAGAUCAAGAUUAGCUGAGACAAGUGAAAAUCUACGUAGACCAGAUACUACAUCUGAUACUACUGAUGUUUACUUGAAUAGUGAUUAUACAACACAUGUCACUCAGUCAAUAUCUCAUCAUAUCAAUUUUAAUGUGACUGAUUCUAUUGUUCAUCAGUUUGCAACAGAAAUUAAUUAUAAAUUAUUACACACUGAUUAUAUGAAUGAAACAAACAUUGAAAUAGAUCAUCAAGAAAGAUCUAGAAAGUUACAACUGGAAGACGAAAAACAAAAAUCCCAACUAGUUGAAUUACAAGAACUUGAUCUAGCUGUACAAAAUUUAUUGACUUAUUGGGAGGUGAAAAGUAAAGAAACUAAUUAUCCAUUAAUAUGUCAACAAUUUUUUAAAGCUUUACUUGAUUUUUCAAUAUUUCACUGAAAUCUUAUUCUACAUCAUCAUCAUCAUCAUCAACAAGAUGUCAGUAUGCUUAUCCAAAUUUACAAGAGUUAAAGUUAAGAGCUGAAAUAGCUGAAAAACAAGUUGAUCAAUUAUCAAAUGAAAUUAAAAACUAUGAAAUUCAAUUAUAUAAUUUAAAUGAACAGUUUAAUAAAAGAAUAGAAGAAAAAGUUAAUGAAAGAAUUCAACAAAAUCAAUUAAAACACAAUAACAAUUUAUCAAUUAAUAAUUAUUUUACACCUUUAAAAGAAU